AUCUAUUAUUUAUGGCAAAUAGUCUUCAAAAAAGCAUAUCUAUGAUUGUCAAAAACUAGUCAAUUUUCUUAAAAAGGACUGCUUAAUUCAAUAAAAUCAACUUAUUUUUUUAAACCAGUGCUACGAACUUAAAUCAUAAUAAUUGAGUUAAGAUAAAUCAUUAAGCAUUAUUAGUGAAAACCAUGAAAAAUGAGGAUAAAUAGUAUAUAAUGGCGAUUGUGGGUUGAAACCUGACAGGUGUUUCCAGUAGACCUGUUAAUAAAUUGAAUUAUAAUAUUAAACAAUUGUUCUCCUGAAAAGAAGACCUCAAAAUAUUUAUGUCAUUAGUGCAACGAUUAAGUUUUAUAGUUCCUUUGAUGGUGUGUAAAGCAAUGUAGAAAAUAUAACCCUUAACCCAAUUUCUCUUAAGUAUGCUUCAAAAAAUACAAAUCUUAUUUUCAUCUGAGUGCUCCCUAUGUUUGUGAGUCAAAUUUCCGAAUAACCAGUAUUUUUAACGGAAUGCUGUUCGAUAAUAAUAGUAAUACAUUAAAUAAUUCAUUUUAUGUGGGAUGAAUGAGGAAGACUUAUUAAAAAGGUCGGCUGAAGAGCGAGAUAAAAUAUUUAAACGUUAUGACCGAGGUAGAGAAGAAGGAGCUGAAAUUGAUCCCUGGGAAGAUCCCACAUUUGAAGUAUAUCAUGCAACUGACAGGUAUGGCUUCAUUCAUGAUAAACGGUUACCAUCAAAAGUGGACCCGCAGGAAGCUAAAAAGCAACAGAUUGAAUUGGAAAGAGUUAAAAAAUGGCGUAAAAUGUUAAAGUCAUGGAACUCUUCUGUUACUAAAGAAAAAUUGCACAAACGUGUUUUCAAAGGCAUUCCAAACUCUUUACGUCCACAAGUUUGGUGUCUUUUAUUAAGUUUAGAUAAAACCAAAACAGAAAAUAGGGGAAAAUAUGAUGAAAUGUUAAAAUUAGCUAGAAAAUAUUCUACUGAUGCUAGACAAAUCGAUUCUGAUGUCAAUAGGCAGUUUAGAGAACAUCUUUUUUAUAGAGAACGAUAUGGAAUAAAACAGCAAUCUCUUUUUAAAGUAUUAACCGCUUAUGCAAUGUACAAUUCUGAGGUGGGCUAUUGCCAAGGGAUGUCUGGAUUAGCAGGUGUACUUCUCAUGUACAUGGAUGAAGAAGAUGCUUUUUGGGCAAUGCAUAUCUUAUUGACCGAUCCAAAAUUCUCAAUGCACGGUCUUUAUAAAGAAGGCUUUCCGAAAUUGACACGCUUUCUUGCUCAUCAUGAUCGUAUAUUAACGAAAUUUAUGCCAGGUCUUAAGAAACAUUUUGACAAGCAUGGACUCGAUGCCAUUCUAUAUUCAUUGAAGUGGUUCUUUGUUUGUUUUGUCGAAAGGGUGCCAUUUAGUUUGUGCCUUAGGAUAUGGGACAUCUACUUACUGAUAGGAGAGCGAGUCAUCACUGCAAUGGCUUUCACAAUACUUAGACUGCACAAGAAAAGUAUCAUGAAACUGAAUGAUAUGGACUCAAUUGUACAUUUUAUUCAGGUAAAGUUGUACAAAGAUUUUAUGUACGACGAUGAUUCGGCAGUCCACGCUUUAGAACGCGCUCUUGAGGACUUGAAACGUGCCAAACUCGACCAUCCGGGGCCUCCGACCAAAGACGAGAUUCCCAGCCGCCCCUUCGGGGUAUUCAUCGAACCCACGGUCGAUCAGAUAAUUGGACACCGGGCGGAAAAGUUUACAGAGAAGGAACGCGAAACGAACACUUUGGUGGUACUUCGACGCGAAGAGGCGCGCGAGGCCCUUGAAAACGACGUUCAAUUGUCCGUUGGUGAUUCUGCCGGUCUCACAGGCUCAAAAUUUUCAUUUGAUCCCAGCAUGGAUGAUACCAGUUCUCUCCUUGAAGACUGCCAGCAUAUGGGUUCGAAACGUUCUUUGGCUGACACAAGUGUGACAUCCACGGCCGAUCUAUCAGUAUUCUCUACCAUAACGCGUUCACAAGCACAUGAAAACAGUCUCGACACGCACAGCAACGUGUCAGAUAACUCAGUAGGGGGGGCAAGUUCCGUAGGAUCGGGCAUAGUCACAUCAAGUGGUGCACAUAAACCCUUGUUUUCCACACAUUCCACUCCCCGAGCCACUCCUCAUAAUCCCAGUCCCGAUGUCUUACGAAUAUAUGUCCCUUAUUCACCUCUCGACACUCCCCUGGUCAGUCCCCAUAAUGGGGACGUGAAGGUUCCACCCAAUACAUUCCCAGAUAAUAAAAUACGAAUUAGGGUGGAUAAUGAUGAAUUGCUAACACCUCUUGUUGAACAUGGACAGAUCCGGUCGUUUAGAAUUGACAGCCCUGAAAUUGACUUAAAGUAAUGAAAAAUAGGAACGUAUCUUUCGUUAAUUGUUUUUGGUUAAAAGUAUUGACUCAGGGAAAGGAUUUUUGCAGAAUGUAUAAUGAGUUGAUUUUACAAGUAAUCAUAAUAAUUAAUUGAAAAGUAAGCGACUACUCUUUGGAUCGUGCAAAAAUGUAAUAAUAGAAGUUAAGAUUUUGGAAUUCAAAGUUAUAUUAACAUUUUGUUGUUGUUUAUCCUCCUAAAUUAAUCAGUUUAUUAACUUACAAAAUAUAACAGUACAUUCCAAUUUUAUAGUGAACAGUAUCCUAUAAUUUAAUUUCAUUGUUUUAGCAACUGGAAAGAAAUAAAAUCCCAGUUAUAUUUUAAAAAUUUUGAAAUUAUUAUUUCCCUGAGCAUGCCAAAUUUAGGUGUAGUAAUAAUGGACAUAACAAACUUACGUUAGUGUCUGCUCUGUUUCCAUAUACAUUUUAUUUAGUAUUAUAACAAACCGAUUCCUACCUAAUUUCUUCAUUCCAUUUUAUUGGUGCCAUAUAAUAUGUUCGCUUCAAGGAAUUGCAUUUUGUAUUGCAAAUACAUAGAUUUUUAAAAUUAUUUGGCAAUAUAGUAUAGUGGAUACCAGUAUAUAUUUUAUCUUUUGUAUUUAUUUACUACUUUUUAGAGUUUGUAAGAACACUGUUUUAUUUUUUACAUAUACAGUUAAAUUUACAGGUAGUAAGUAGGAGUCUUUUUACAAAUUAUAUUUUCAAGUUGAAUACUUGACAAUUGUUUACAACAUGGGACAGUCAGGCUGAGGAGGUGGGGAAUGGGUGGAACGGAUGGGGAUGACUUUAUACAGUAAUAAAAAGGUUUUUAGGUGUGGGUAAAGGGGUACAGCUGUUGCAUUAAUACAAUUGUACAAUUUGAACUCCAAGCAAACGUCACUCCAUAAGAAAUUUAACAAUGUUAGAUUAGGUCACAUUAGUUUUUGUUCCAAUAUUUGUUUUUUCAGUAGCCUCCACUCCUCCAAACAUUUUUUUAGUGUUAUACAAAAUUCAUCCCCUCCCCUUACAUCCAUUUUCUCCCCCUCCAACUGACGGUUCCAUAUUCCAUGUUGUAGACAAUUAUAGAAUACUGUAAUGGUGUGUAUCCCAAAGCUACUAGUCUUCAGUAUGAUUUUUUAAAUCAUUUCUAUUGUUGUUCAAGUGAUAAAUUAAGUCAAUGAAUAGUUUUUGUUGGUCUUCAAUAAUGUUAAUACUCAGUUGGAUAAAUAGAUUUAAAGCAAUUAAAAAAAUAAUGAAACAAAAAGGAAAACCGUCAAAUUUUAGAUAUAGUGUAAAUUAUGUAUAUUAACAGGUCAGUUGUUGUAAAUAACUAGGAUGUUAUUUUUAGAAUGUAGAGUUUAGAAGUAUUGUAAGUUGAUUUUUUUUACUUUACAAAAAAUUGAUAAUUAUGAUUAAUAUUUCAAAAUAUUGUAAUUUAAAAGGAUAUUAUUGUUCGUCAUUAUGAUACAGUACUAAAAUACAUAAAUAUGUCGUGAUAUUUGCAAUAAAGUAUAAAAUGUUCGAUAGAUAAUACAAAAUGAUUUAAAAAUUAUAUCUGCAAGUA